AUGUUUAUGACAGGACGUCCACUGUCCAAGUCGUGCAUUGUGAGGCAGAUUGGGGUCAUCAAGCUGGUGUCCAAAGAUCCGCAGAAUCUUGUCCUCACUCUCAACACGCCAGGCUCUGCAGCGGCGUGGUCCUGCAGGGGUGCGUGGGCACACCGCGAGGCGGAGGAACCAUCCAGCCACAAAGACUUUAAUGAGGCCAUUAAUGAGGCUAAGAAACCGGACCUCCGGGGCAGAUGCCGGACGCCUCUGGCAGCAGGCAGACACGCCCACAGGUCCGAUCUGUCCAAUCAGCGACAUUUGGAGGCGUGGCGGCUGGAGGAGCACCGCUACUGCGCGGCGGGCGCCUCGCUGCUGGAGCCGCCGCUGCAGCUCUACUGGACCUGGCUGCUCCAGUGGAUCCCGCUCUGGAUGGCGCCCAACACCAUCACCCUGAUCGGCCUCGCCGUCAACAUGGUCACCACGCUGCUGCUCGUCUCCUACUGCCCCACCGUCACCGAGGAGGCGCCAUACUGGACGUACCUUUUAUGUGCCCUGGGACUCUUUAUCUACCAGUCACUGGAUGCUAUUGAUGGCAAGCAAGCCAGAAGAACAAACUCUUGUUCUCCCUUAGGAGAACUUUUUGACCAUGGUUGUGACUCUCUCUCCACAGUAUUUAUGGCCGUUGGAGCUUCAAUUGCUGUUCGCUUAGGAACUCAUCCUGACUGGUUGUUUUUUUGCUCUUUUAUUGGGAUGUUUAUGUUUUAUUGUGCUCAUUGGCAGACUUACGUUUCAGGAGUGUUGAGGUUUGGAAAAGUGGAUGUAACUGAGAUUCAGGUAGCUUUAGUGAUCGUCUUCGUGUUGUCUACAUUUGGAGGAGCAACAAUAUGGGACUAUACGAUUCCCAUUCUAGAAAUCAAACUGAAGAUCUUUCCAGUUCUUGGAGUAGUCGGUGGAGCGAUAUUUUCCUGUUCAAAUUAUUUCCAUGUUAUCCUCCACGGGGGCGUUGGCAAGAAUGGAUCUACUAUAGCAGGUACCAGUGUCUUGUCACCUGGACUCCACAUAGGACUCAUCAUUAUACUGGCAAUAAUGAUCUAUAAAAAAUCAGCAACUAAUGUGUUUGAAAAGCAUCCUUGUCUUUAUACCCUAAUGUUUGGGUGUGUCUUUGCUAAAAUUGCACAAAAAUUAGUGAUAGCUCACAUGACCAAAAGUGAACUGUAUCUUCAAGACACUGUCUUUGUUGGGCCAGGUCUUUUGUUUUUAGACCAGUACUUUAAUAAUUUUAUAGAUGAAUAUAUUGUUCUAUGGAUAGCAAUGGUCCUUUCUUCAUUUGACAUGAUGAUCUACUUUAGUUCUUUAUGCCUGCAAAUUUCAAGACACCUUCAUCUAAGUAUCUUCAAGACUUCAUAUCAUCAAGCACCUGAACAGGUUCACAAGCAUAUUGACUGACUAAUAAGCCAAGGAAAAGAGGAGAAGCAGUUAGGGGAACCUAGGAGUGAAGGAAAUCCCCCUAUGCAGGAGGUUCAAGUUCUUUCUUCAAAGAGUCAUCAGAAUAUCAUGGACUGAAGAGACUUUCGAACACUUGCCAUCUCUUGCUGCUGC